AUGCAAACUGCAUAUGCCUCUGGCAAGCGUAAGCGCGUGUCCAAGGGACAGUCCUCUACAGGCUGCAUUACCUGCAGGUCCGUAUAUACCACCAGCCUGUUGUUGUUCAGCACGUACCAACUAACCGCCAUUGAAGGGGCCGCAAAGUCAAAUGUGACGAGACGAAGCCGAUAUGCAUGCGAUGUCACACUGCACGCUUCAAAUGUGAAGGCUAUGUCAAACUUCCGCAUGGUGACCACUACAAGCCUAGUACCCACAGCUCGUCUAGUUUUACCAUCAAAAAGAGUACAAGCGCCGUUAUACUACCAGCCACUGCUACAAGAGGUGCUACACCUCGCCCAGCACUUCACCAUCAAGCCUGUCCCAACUCACAGCUCCACAUACGAGAAGGAAGCCCGUCUCACCUUAGCCGCCGCUUCACAGCCCGCAAUAAAGCAUGCCCUCGCAUCACUCAAUACCCUGAGGAGGGUUCACGCCGAGAGGGGAAGUAAUUCCGUAGCUGGACAGAUGAAAACUUCACUGCAACGUGGCAUCCAGGAGUACACCAACUCUCUGGGAGCGCUCGCCACGAGACUAGCAGAUAACGAAGUGGCUACCAGAAAGGCAGCACUACUGUGUUGCCAAAUGUUCAUCAGUAUCGAGACCGCGCUCAACAACUUCACGUCAGCGAUACAGCAUUUCGUGCGUGGUGUGCAGAUCACGCACCAGUGCGGUCGGCCCUCUUCUAACGUGGUGGACGAGAUGCCUAAUGUGGAUCUGUUCACUAUCAAGAUGUUUUUGACAUGCCCUGACCGCCUGUUCACAUUCCCACCCGUGUCUCUCGGCAUGGUCGAGAUGGGGCAGCAGAUGGUUGAUGACCUAGGGGGACCCAAUCUCUGCCAGAGCAUGCUUCACGCGCGACAACAACUCGCAUCCAUCUCAAUGGCCGUUAUCAGUCUGUUGGAACGGUCCAGGGUACACACAUCAGUCAAUCUGAUGGCCGAUGGCGCAAUCUAUUUACACCUGUACUAA